CAGAAGAAUGUAUGUGUGUACAUAUAUUAAUAUCUACACACAGAAGGAAUAUAUAACCCAGCUCGAUCAUAUGACCUACAGGUUUCUCCAAUCCAGGAUCCUCUGCUGAUAUCUUCUAUAUAAGAGAAUUCUCCUGGAUGACCCAUCAACCAUGGAGAGAGACAGGAACAAGAUGGCCGACAGGAUCAUAAACCUCACCCUACAGAUACUCUUCCGGCUUACUGGAGAGGAUUACACAGUAGUGAAGAAGUCCUCUAGUGGGCGCUGUCGGGCCCCUGUGUGUGAAGGAUGGGGAAGAACCCUGAGCCCAAUCCCAGGGCCCCCACCUCACUCCCUGAUACAUGAGGAAAUGGAUGAACAGAAGAUCCUAGAACUCAUCAACAAGAUGAUGGAACUGCUGACUGGAGAGGUUCCUAUAAGGUGUCAGGACGUGGCGGUCUAUUUCUCCAUGGAGGAGUGGGAGUAUGUAGAAGGACACAAGGAUCAGGUCAUGAUGGAGGAUCAGCAGCCCCUCACAUCACCAGUCAGAUCCAGUAAGAGAACAGCACCAGAGAGGUGUCCCCGUCCUCUUCUUCCCCAGGAUGAUCAGGGAGAAGAUCGGAACAAUAUUAAUGCUCCAGAGACAGAUGUGAGCAGUGAUGAGCAGUAUAAGGAGGACAUUCCUACAGGGAGAGAUCUGGUCUAUAUUAAUCCUACAGACAUAAGGAAGGAAGAGACAGAUGUGAGCAGUGAUGAGCAGUAUAAGGAGGACAUUCCUACACGUAACCUCUCAGAUUCUUGUAGCAGGAGAUCAGAGGAGAAUCUUAUAUCUUCAGAUUAUAAAGCAGAUGAUGAUAUCACACAAGAUACAUAUGAAGAACAUUCCAUUAUCCCAGAUACACCCUCAGCCCUUCACAGCCAAGAUCUGUCAUCUCAUCCUUAUAUACAGGUCCUGUCUUCUCAGUCAUCACAGGAUGUUCAGCAAAAUAAGAAAAAGCCAUUUUCAUGUUCAGAAUGUGGGAAAUAUUUUAUUCAGAAAUCACAUCUUAUUACACAUAAAAGAACUCACACAGGGGAGAAGCCGUUUUCAUGUUCCGAAUGUGAAAAAAGUUUUACUGACAAAUCACAUUUUGUUCAACAUCAGAGAACUCACACAGGAGAAAAGCUAUUUUCAUGUUCCGAAUGUGGAAAAUGUUUUACUCAGAAAUCAGAUCUUAUUAGACAUCAAAGAACUCACACAGGGGAGAAGCCAUUUUCAUGUUCAGAAUGUGGGAAAUGUUGUACUCAGAAAUCAGAUCUUAUUAAACAUCAAAGAACUCACACAGGGGAGAAGCCAUUUUCAUGUUCAGAAUGUGGGAAAUGUUUUACUGAUAAAUCAGAUCUUAUUAAACAUCAAAGAACUCACACAGGGGAGAAGCCAUUUUCAUGUCCCCAAUGUGGAAAAAGUUUUACUGACAAAUCAAAUCUUAGUCAACAUAACAGAACUCACACACGGGGAAAGCCAUUUUCAUGUGCAGAAUGUGGUAAAUAUUUUAUUCAGAAAUCACAUCUUAUUACACAUCAAAGAACUCACACAGGGGAGAAGCCGUUUUCAUGUUCCGAAUGUGGAAAAAGUUUUAUUGACAAAUCAAGUUUUGUUCAGCAUCAGAGAACUCACACAGGAGAUAAGCCAUUUUCAUGUUCAGAAUGUGGGAAAUGUUUUGCUCAUAUAUCAAGUCUUAUUAAACAUCAAAGAACUCACACAGGGGAGAAGCCAUUUUCAUGUGCAGAAUGUGGGAAAUAUUUCAGUCAGAAAUCACAUCUUAUUACACAUCAAAGAACUCACACAGGGGAGAAGCCGUUUUCAUAUUCCGAAUGUGGAAAAAGUUUUACUGACAAAUCAAGUUUUGUUCAACAUCAGAGAACUCACACAGGGGAAAAGCCAUUUUCAUGUUUAGAAUGUGGGAAAUGUUGUACUCAGAAAUCAGAUCUUUUAAAACAUCAAAGUACUCACAUGUGGAAUUUUGAAUACACAGUAGUGAAGAAGUCCUCUAGUGGGCGCUGUCGGGCCCCUGUGUAUGAAGUAUUGGGAAGAACCCUGAGCCCAAUCCCGGGGCCCCCACCUCACUCCCUGAUACAUGAGGAAAUGGAUGAACAGAAGAUCCGAGAACUUAUCAACAAGAUGAUGGAGCUGCUGACUGGAGAGGUUCCUAUAAGGUGUCAGGACGUGGCGGUCUAUUUCUCCAUGGAGGAGUGGGAGUAUGUAGAAGGACACAAGGAUCAGUACAAGGAUCAGGUCAUGAUGGAGGAUCAGCAGCCCCUCACAUCACCAGUCAGAUCCAGUAAGGGAACAGCAUCAGAGAGGUGUCCCCGUCCUCUUGUUGAGCAGUAUAAGGAGGACAUUACUACAGGGAAAGAUCUGAUCUAUAUUCAUGCUACAGACAUAAAGGAAGAAGAAGGAGAGACAGAUGUGAGCAGUGAUGAGCAGUAUAAGAAGGAUAUUCCUACAGGGAAAGAUCUGAUCUACAUUCAUCCUACAGACAUAAAGGAAGAAGAAGAGACAGAUGUGAGCAGUGAUGAGCAGUAUAAGGAGGACAUACCUACAGGAAACCACCCAGAUUCUUGUACCAGGAGAUCAGAGGAGAAUCUUAUAUCUUCAGAUUAUAAAGCAGAUGAUGAUAUCACACAAGAUACAUAUGAAGAACAUUCCAUUAUCCCAGAUACACCCUCAGCCCUUCACAGCCAAGAUCUGUCAUCUCAUCCUUAUAUACAGGUCCUGUCUUCUCAUUCAUCACAGGAUGUUCAGCAAAAUAAGAAAAAGCCAUUUUCAUGUUCAGAAUGUGGGAAAUGUUUUACUCUGAAAUCAAAUCUUGUCGCACAUCAAAGAAUUCACACAGGAGAGAACUCAUUUUCAUGUGCAGAAUGUGGGAAAUAUUUUAUUCAAAAAUCACAUCUUAUUAGACAUCAAAGAACUCACACAGGGGAGAAGCCGUUUUCAUGUUCCGAAUGUGGAAAAAGUUUUACUGACAAAUCUAAUUUUGUUCAACAUCAGAGAACUCACACAGGAGAGAAACCAUUUUCAUGUUCCGAAUGUGGAAAAUGUUUUACUCAUAAAUCAGAUAUUGUUAUACAUCAAAGAACUCACACGGGAGAGAAACCAUUUUCAUGUUCAGAAUGUGGAAAAUGUUUUACUCAUAAAUCAGGUCUUAAUAAACAUCAGAGAACUCACACAGGGGAGAAGCCAUUUUCAUGUGCAGAAUGUGUGAAAUAUUUUAUUCGGAAAUCACAUCUUAUUACACAUCAAAGAACUCACACAGGAGAGAAACCAUUUUCAUGUUCAGAAUGUGGAAAAUGUUUUGCUCAGAAAUCAGAUCUUAUUAAACAUCAGAGAACUCACACAGGGGAGAAGCCAUUUUCAUGUGCAGAAUGUGGGAAAUAUUUUAUUCAGAAAUAUAAUCUUAUUAUACAUCAAAGAACUCACACAGGGGAGAAGCCGUUUUCAUGUUCCGAAUGUGGAAAAAGUUUCCCUCAUCAAUCAGAUUUUGUUAGACAUCAAAGAACUCACACGGGAGAGAAACCAUUUUCAUGUUCAGAAUGUGGAAAAUGUUUUACUCAUAAAUCAAGUCUUAUUAAACAUCAAAGAACUCACACAGGGGAGAAGCCAUUUUCAUGUUCAGAAUGUGGGAAAUGUUUUGCUCAUAAAUCAGAUCUUAAUAAACAUCAGAGAACUCACAAAGGGGAAAAGCCAUUUUCAUGUUCCCAAUGUGGAAAAAGUUUUAGUGCCAAAUCAAGUCUUGUUCAACAUAACAAAACUCACACAGUAGAGAAGCCAUUUUGAUGUGUAGCAUGUGGGAAAUGUUAUAUUCAGAAAUCAGAUCUUAUUAAACAUCAAAUAACUCACAAAGGGGAGAAGCCAUUUUCAUGUGCAGAAUGUGUGAAAUAUUUUAUUCAGAAAUCAAAUCUUAUUAGACAUCAAAGAACUCACACAGGGGAGAAGCCGUUUUCAUGUUCCGGAUGUGGAAAAAGUCUUACUGACAAAUCAAGUUUUGUUCAACAUCAGAGAACUCACACAGGGGAAAAGCCAUUUUCAUGUUUAGAAUGUGGGAAAUGUUGUACUCAGAAAUCAGAUCUUAUAAAACAUCGAAGAACAUGUGGAAAAAGUUUUGCUGACAAAUAGGGCUAAAACAACUAAUCUAUUAAUCGGCAACGAAUCAAUUAUGAAAAUAGUUGUCGACUGUUUUCGUAAUCGAUUUAUCGGUUGGUCGAUUAGUUGGUCAGCCAAUUUCUAGCGAUUAUCACUAUGUAUAUAUGCAGCCUGUUUUGUGUAGAGGGGCCCAGCACACACAAUCCUCUGCUUCCUGCAGCUAUGGUGAGUCCCAGUUGUCGGGCUCUGUGCCGGCCCCCUCUUAU